CUAGUCUUACAGAUUUCUUUAAAUAUUUUGGUAAAUGGGAAAACGGAAAGAUUUUAUUUGGAACAGCUUUUACAUGGUUCGCACUUGAUGUAGCUUUUUACGGUAUUGGUCUAAACAACAAUUCUAUUUUAAAACAAAUUGGAUACAUUGGGGAUGGUAGUGAUCCAUAUGAAUCAUUAUAUAAGGCAUCUGUUGGUAAUAUUAUCAUUGCAUUAUUGGGUACAGUACCUGGUUACUGGGUUACCGUAUUUACCAUUGAUUUAUGGGGUCGACGUCCAAUCCAACUUAUGGGAUUUGGCUUGCUUAAAACAUUAUUUAUUGUUCUCGGAUUUGUAUUCCCAACUCGAUAUCGUUCAACUGGACACGGUAUAAGUGCCGCAUCAGGAAAAUUGGGAGCUAUUAUUUCACAAGUUGGAUUUAUCAAAUUGAAAGAUAUUGGUGGUUUACCUGGUUCAAAUACAUUCAUCGACCAUCUAUUUAAAAUAUUUGCAGUUUUUAUGUUUGCUGGCUUAAUAGUUACUUUCUUCUUCGUGCCAGAAACAAAGAAUAAGUCAUUAGAAGAUUUAUCAAAUGAAAAUCAAGAAGGAUUUAUCAAUGAUAAUCGUCCGGCUGAUGUUAUCAAAGAUAAUCGUCCGGCUGAUGUUUAA